AUGAAUCAAGGAAAUGGUAUUGACGAGCCAAUUCAAAAAAUAUUUUGUGAAGGUGAAGCGGCAAGUUUGGAGUGCCCUGCUGGGAAAUAUAUCGGCAUACGAUUAGCCAAUUAUGGACGCUUUACAUUGGCGUUAUGUAAUCCGAGCCAUCGUACUGACUUGAGCACUACCUGUCAAAAUGACCGAACUUUAGAAUUCUGUUGGUUACAAAGAAAUGUAAAGUUGAGUUUCUGCCAUUUGAUACUUGGUAAAUAUUCUGAACGGGUCAUGCGUGAACGAAAACAGACAUCUGAUCAAAUUUAG